AUGCAAGAAGAAUCAAGACAAGGCUUCAAAAAAUCAAGGAGAUCACUAUCAGGGAGCUUAACUGGGUAUUUUUCACCUUUUAACAGAUCUACACCUAAAAGUGCGACUGGGAAGCAUCCAAUUUGGGAAACAACUCAGGACGAAACUAAUGAAGAGCCUUAUAAGCGCUUAAUUACAAAAAAAAGCUUGAAAGAAGCUUGUGCAGGUUUAGACUUAAAAAACCAGGAUAAUUUAAAGAAAGAAAUUGAUGCGAAUUCUAUGAGACAUUUUUUCAAUUCACCAGUACCUAGUUUUUCAAUUGAUGAAAGAGAAAUCAUAAGCGAAAUUGAAAAUCUCCUGACAAGAGCUAAUGAAUUGAUGGCAAAAUUAGAAAGAGUGUAA